AUGUGGGUACUCACAGGCCCCUUUGAUAUCGAAGAUGUCGACCACAAACAUGCUCCUACCAAACGGAAAUUAUUGAAGGCUGGCAGCAGGUAUAUUGUGGGACGCAAGGAAGACCCGGCGACCCUGAUAGUCAAACACAAGAAGAUUUCUCGCGACCAUUGCGCAUUUCGUGUCGCGGAAUGCACUGAAGACGAUGCGAGCAACCCAGUCUUCCGACCCACGUUGUUCUUCUCUAUUCCGGCAGGCGACAAGAAAUCUGUCUCGCGCAAGAUCAACAGAGUCGUGAGGGGGCAAGAAGAGGUCAAGAUCAUCAACGCAGGCGAAGAGGUGGAGCUCGAGGACAGAGACACAGUGAACUUGGUGACCGGUGUUGCCGUGAAGGCUGAAUGGGUGAAGGUGUGUUGCUAUGCACCGUCCAUGAAGGGAAUGCCUUCAUUCUCGUUGCAAGCUUGCGCUACUCUAGGAGUCGGCUUGGUCCACGCACAGCAGCAAGGAAUCACACAUCAUCUUGCGUCUACGUAUACGCUCUCCCCGGAUUUGGCGACGUCCUUGAUCAGCGUAGCCCACAUCGUCAAGCCCGAGUGGCUGAAAGAGGUGCUGCAACUGGGAUCCUCUGACGAAGGCGAGCUUUCCUCGCUCGAACGCUCGUUCUCCCUCCCUGAGCCUGCGAAGUUCCGUCCUACGUUUUCACCCGCACUGCCCGGAGAUCUGAAGUCAUUCGCGAUGUGGGUUGAGAAUGAGGCCAGGGUGGGUAUAUUCAGGGGCUAUCGAUUUGUCUUCAUGGGAGAGAAGGGGAGGGAAGUGCAGGAAGCAAUGAGGGAUCUUGUCCGGCGCGGAGAGGGAGAGUAUGAGUGUUUCUCCGUUGAGGGCGGUAGUGGGGCUCUUCACAGGCUCCUAGCUAAAUGCGAGAGUAGGGAGUCUACAUCAGUCAUAGUCGGGGAGUCCAGUCUGAUCACCCCAGCCGUGGGUGAGGAUGGGUGGCAGAAUCUGGUGCGAGAAGCAAAGAGUUUUAACCUAUACCCGCUCUCUCCGUCAAAAAUCGUCGAGGCUGUUGUCCAUGCGGACGUGUCCUAUAUAGACUCAUAUAGUCUGGCAGAACGCGAUGGUCGUAUUACGCCUUCCCCACUUCCAGAUGUCGUGGUCAAUACACAUCCCGAAGAGCCGUCCAUACCACCGGAUGUGGUUGAGGUCGGUCCAAGGCCAAGAUUGACACGCCGAGCGACCUCACGAGCCUCGUCCCGUGCCCCUUCAGAAGAGCCGCGCGCCCCUGCAGCUGAAGCCACUAGAGUUGCUCUGGCGGAAUCUCAGCCACGCAAUGAUGACGAGAAACCGCGCAGAAAUCUAGUGCGGAGAGCGGCAAAAGUCAAGACUCCUAUAAUCGGUAUCGAUGAUCCUACAGUGGAUCUGGAAGGAGAGCCUUUUUUCGGGUUAAUGACUACAACCUCGCAAGAUCAGAACCAAAUACAGCCACAAAUGAGCGGCCUUGAACCUUCCCAGUCAACCAUGCGAACUCGUCUGAAACGACGCGUUGGGACAAUGCAGCCACCUCCCAGUCAACUAUUCAGUUUCGCAGAAGAUGUACCACGGCUGGACAUGCAAGAGCCUCCUCUGAAGAAGUUCAAGGCCUUGUUCGAAGCCAGCGACCCUGACAAGGCGACGCAGUCUGCCUUACAAUCGGGAAGCGACAUCAGCAGUCAGCCUGAGAGCGUGACUCAGAGCGAGAGCGGGGCAACACAGGUUAUCCCUCGGUCGCGUCUGGCAGCAACUCAGCUCGCCACGUUGGCUGAGGAGGAGGAGGAGGGAAGUAUGAACACUGCCGGGGGAAGCACGGAGCUGCCAUUCACUCAAAACCAGCAUUUGAAGCGAAAACCUUUGAACGUAGAUGAGGAUGUUGAAAUGGCCGGUGAUACCCAGAGCCGGGCAAAGAGACGGGCCGUGGAAGGGCAGAAUGCGGUGCAGCCGUCCACAGAUAGAUCCGCAGCAGAGUCCUCAGCACGAUCUGCAUCGAAGCCGCCGUCGACGGUCGUCAAUUUCAAUAAAAAGGUCUCCGGCGCUGCGCCUGACAAGCCAGAUAUCGAUCAGGCGUUCCUCAAGGCUGUUGCAUCGACCAAGCGCGGAAAGAAGACCGAGGACGACUUCGACAAGGAGUUCAACAACCUGCGCAUCUCGAAGCCCGAUCUGCAGCAGGACCGCCAGCGGGAUGAGUGGGCGGUAUUAGACGACUUCGGUGACGAUGGCGAUAUGAGAGGCAAUUUUAUGGUGAUUGCGGAGUAUGAUGCCUUCAAGAAAGAUAAGGAGCAGCCUGUCUUGAGGGUGAACGGACAGCGAAUGGACUGGGAAGGAAGACCGGAUUUCAAAAAGUUCAAGAAGAAAGCCUUGCCGGGCAGGAGGCAUGCCAUUGAGCUAUUUGCUGAAGAAAACAAUGACUUCGGGGCAAGCACACAGUAUUGGGGAGGAUCCACCCAGUCGCGGUCCCAGUUCACGCAGACGCAAUCGCAAUUGCAAGAGGAUGUUCGUAAGAACAAGGGUGCGCAGCACAGCAAAACGUCAUCGAAACAAACGCACAGCAGAGGAAGGGGCAAAGUGGUUCUAGUAAAUGGCUCCGACGAUGACGAGAAUGUUGCCCAGCCGGCUAAGAACGCUCCGGACAGUCGAUCCGCCCCUACACAGCGACGCACGAAGAGUCAGCCGCUUUUCAUCGAGUCAGAAGAGGAUGACGAGCAAGAACACGAACCGCCUUCUCCAUCCACCAACGCGCUUCGCGAAGUGGUCGACGAUUUUGACGAUUUUGACGGAGAACUUACGUCGCGAUCGAUAACAGGGGCAAGAUCUCCUGAUUCUUCCGUGCGACAACCAUCAAGGGCAGCUAGUUCUAGGAAACGGACCCCAGCUGUUGUUGUGGAUGACGAUUCAGAUGAUGGUGCUACGUUUAAAGGGUUCGGAACGAGAAGGAGGACCGGGAGAAGGUAACGGAGAAGGCCUGAGGCGACUCGGCAGAACUACCUUGAUGUGGGUUGCGUAAUCUCUAUAGCUAAUGUCUAGUAUGUAUCCAGCGAUUAUCAUUAUGCAUUUAGUACAUACAGAUACUACUAUACAGGGAGCUCGAAUGUCACAAUUGGGUAUUUGCUGG